UGUAGUAGAACGAAAUGCUUUGGAACUGAUUGCGGUGUAGUGGAGAGUGACAUCGCUCGCUGAACGAAGAAACUCCUGCGAGGCAAGGGAAUACACAUUUUAUAGUAAAUUUCGUUCAGCAAACUUGAGAAAUGAAAUAUAUACAUUAAACGAGAAAAAGGAAUAAAACCAAAAAUGACGGUGGAUUUUGAAGAAUGUAUUAAGGAUUCGCCCAGAUUCAGAGCGAACAUCGAUGAAGUGGAGACAGACGUGGUGGAAAUCGAAGCUAAGCUAGAUAAGCUGGUGAAGCUAUGCAGCGGGAUGAUCGAGGCGGGACGGGCGUACGUCAGCGCCAACAAGCUCUUCGUCACCGGCGUGCGGGACCUGUCCCAGCAGUGCAAGAACGACCAGAUGAUCUCGGAGUGCCUGGAGAAGUGCGGGGAGCGUCUCCAGGAAAUCGUCAACUACCACACGAUUCUCUUCGAUCAAGCUCAGAGGUCCGUGAAGCAGCAGCUGCACAACUUUGUGAAAGAUGACAUCCGCAAGUUCAAGGACACGAAGAAGCAGUUCGACAAGGUGCGGGAGGACAUGGAGAUCGCCCAGGUGAAGAACGCCCAGGCGCCCCGUAACAAGCCCCACGAGGUGGAGGAGGCCACCGGCACCCUCACCCUCACCCGGAAGUGCUUCCGCCACCUCGCCCUGGACUACGUGCUGCAGAUCAAUGUUCUGCAGGCAAAGAAGAAAUUUGAAAUCCUAGAUGCGAUGCUGUCAUUCAUGCACGCCGAGUACACGCUCUUCCACCAGGGCUACAACCUGCUGGACGAGAUCGACCCCUACAUGAAGAAGCUAGCCGCCGAGCUGGACCAGCUGGUGAUCGACUCGGCCAUGGAGAAGAGAGAGAUGGAGCACAAGCACGCCAUCAUCCAGCAGAGGACCUUAAUGCAGGACUUCUCCUACGAUGACUCCAAGGUGGAGUUCAACGUGGACGCCCCCGACGGCGUGGUGAUGGAGGGGUACCUGUUCAAGAGGGCCAGCAACGCCUUCAAGACCUGGAACAGACGGUGGUUCUCAAUACAGAACAGUCAACUGGUGUAUCAGAAGAAGCUAAAGGAUGCCCUGACGGUGGUGGUGGAAGACUUGAGGCUGUGUUCAGUCAAACCCUGCGAGGACAUCGAGAGGAGGUUCUGCUUCGAGGUCGUCUCUCCCACAAAGAGCUGUAUGCUGCAGGCGGAGUCUGAGAAGCUGCGGCAGUCCUGGAUCCAGGCUGUGCAGGCCAGCAUCGCCUCGGCCUACAGAGAGAUCCCCGACAACUACUACAUCGAGCGUUUGGACCGCACCGCCUCCCCGUCCACCAGCAGCAUCGACUCGGCCAGCGAGCCGCGGGAGCGCAGCGUGCGGGGGGGCGAGAGCAUCGUGCAGCGCGCCCAGGGCAUCCCGGGCAACGAGCAGUGCUGCGACUGCGGCCAGCCCGACCCGCGCUGGGCCAGCAUCAACCUGGGCAUCCUGCUGUGCAUCGAGUGCUCCGGCAUCCACAGGUACCUUAACCCCUACCCUAACCCUAACCCUAACCCUAACCCGCGCUGGGCCAGCAUCAACCUGGGCAUCCUGCUGUGCAUCGAGUGCUCCGGCAUCCACAGGAGUUUGGGGGUUCAGUGCUCGAAGGUCCGAUCACUGACUCUGGACUCGUGGGAGCCUGAGUUACUGAAGCUGAUGUGUGAACUGGGCAAUGGAACCGUCAAUCAGAUCUACGAGAGCACAUGCGAGCAGCUGGGUCUGAAGAAACCGGGGCCGUCCAGCUCCAGACAGGAGAAGGAGGCCUGGAUAAAGGCCAAGUACGUGGAGAAGAAGUUCCUGAAGAAGAUGGCGGGCAGCGAGGCGCUGGCGGACGCGGAACGCAAAUCCCGCCGCUGGAGCGACAAGAAGUGCCGGCGCCACAACAGCUCCGUCAGAGCGCUCCAGUCCCGCCGCAAGUACCGGCGGGAGCCCGGCAGCGCCUCCCCCGGCAACCUCUCCUCAGCGGCCGCUGCUGCCGCCCAGUUCCGCAGAGACUCGCUCUUCUGUCCCGACGAGCUGGACUCUCUCUUCUCCUACUUCGACACGGGCUCCGGGCCGCGCAGCCCGGCAGGUCUCAGCAGUGACAGCGGUCUCGGCGGCAGCACCGACGGCAGCACCGACAUCCUGGUGUUCGGCUCCGUGGUGGACAGCGUCACAGAGGAAGAGUGUGAGGAGUCUGAGGAGUCCAGCGGGGAGGUGGAGCUGGAGCCGGAGGCGUCGGACCCGGAGGACCUGCGGGACCUGCACCCGGGGGCCCUGCUGUACAAGGCGUCCCGCGCCCGAAACCUGCCCGUCAUGGCCGAGGCGCUGGCGCACGGAGCCGACGUCAACCUGGCCAGCGAGGAGGACGAGGGCAAGAGCCCGCUCAUACAGGCAGUGAUGGGGGGCUCCCUCAUCGCCUGCGAGUUCCUGCUCCAAAAUGGCGCCGACGUGAACCAAAGAGACACGCGGGGACGCGGCCCCCUCCACCACGCCACGUACCUGGGGCACACAGGGCAAGUGUGCCUGUUCUUGAAGCGGGGUGCCACUCAGACCGAUGGGGACGAGGACGGACACGACCCCCUGAGCAUCGCCGUGCAGGCCGCCAACGCCGACAUCGUCACCUUGCUGCGCCUGGCCCGGAUGAACGAGGAGAUGCGGGAGUCGGAGGGCCCCUUCGGACAGCCAGAUACGGAUGUUGCCACGGUCACCAGGAAAGUAAAGAACAAGGAUUUUCGGGAUAGAGGGACAGCACGUACGCCGACAUCUUUCGGGAGUUUUCUCACUUGGCGUCACACAAUCCCGAAAAGCUGAAGCGAAGGAGCCGGCACUUCCGACACUCCUUCAGGUAGCGCCCGCGCCCGAGCUCGCGCCCCAGCGGGAACUCGCGGGAAAGCCGUCCUCGUACUUGAAGAGCGCCGUCGUCACUUUCUGAGCUCCCCGAAUCAUCCCUUUUUUUUCGGAAUGUUC